UUGCUUCAGCUAAUACCUUGAGUACCCUAAGAUGAAUUUCAUCAGGUCUCGCUGACUUUAAUACAUCUAAUUUAUCUAAAUAUUUUUUUAACCUGUUAUUUCCCUAUUGUGGUUUCUGUUUCUUCCUCCUCUUGGUUAAUAUUAAUUAAGACCCUACCUGAAUUGCAGGAUGAUCUUCAAAUAAUUGCAGCUGAGUUGCGGAGAAGACUUGAAAAAUUGUGGAAAAGAAAUAAUGGAUCUAUAUUAAUUGCAGUAAUUUGGAAAAGCCACAGUGAACCUAUUUGUUUAAGAAAAAUCUGCUGGAACAAUAUAAACACUCUGACCCCCAGAUCCCUUUCCGCAGUACUCCGUCCUAGGCAGUCAUUUCCCAUUUUGUAUGUGUGCAACAGAUUGUUCCUUCCUAAGUGGAGGACUUUGCAUUUGUCCUUAUUGAAUUUCAUCCUAUUUACUUCAGACCAUUUCUCCAGUUUGUCCAGAUCAUUUUGAAUUUAAUCCAUUGUCCUUAUUUUCCUACUCGAACGCCUUCCUUCUCUUAGAAUCAUGAAAUCAUCAUUUCAUGAACACUUUCGCCCAUAUUGCUUUCUACCUUCAGUUUCCUAGCUAACUCCUGCCUGUUAGUCAGAAUCAACCCUAAAAUGCCUGUCCCCCUGGUUACUGCUUCCAUCUUCUGAAGCAAACAGGUGUCCCCAACAUAUUCCAAGAACUCAUUGGACACUUUGUGUUUGGUUGAAUUCCUUUUCUAACAGGUGUCUGGGUAGUUAAAGUCCCCCCUCCCAUUACUAAUUGUGUUUUGAAUUGUAUUGUGUUGUGUUAUUUGCGUGACAGAAUCUAGAACAUCAGUCUGCGGGGAAAGAGCUGGUGGGAAUUGUGAUGUGAUGUUACUGUUCUGACAUGUCCCCAAUUGCCCUGACAGGCUGCAGUGUAACGUUCCAUCCUUCUGGAGGACAGGGAAAGGAAAUGGCUGCCGUGGAGCCAGUGCAGGGGCCGGUGACCUUCGAGGAGGUGGCUGUGUAUUUCACCAAGGAAGAAUGGGCUCUGCUGGACCCCGCUCAGAGAGCCCUCUACAGAGACAUCAUGCAGGAGAACUAUGAGAAUGUGAUCUUGUUGGGAUUUCUAGUCUCCAAACCUGAUGUCAUCUCCCAGCUGGAACGAGGGGAAGAGCUGUGGGCUCCAGAUCUCCAGGGCUCAGAGGAAAGUGAGAUCCUGAGAGGCAGCUGCACAGCAGGUAAUGGGAUGGUGAGUGAGACCAUGGAGCAGAAUCCUCAGCAGGAAGAUGAUGAGCAAGGGGAAUCACAUGGGGUGUUAUUGCAAAGAUGCAAGGGGAGUGUGUCCAGGAGCUGUGAGCAGGGAAAAGUCCGUGAGAGUCAGUACAUGCCAGAGAAGUGGCAGGGAAACCAGCCAAGGCAGAAAGUUGGUAAAUCUGUUAAUUAUCAGGGAACUCACAAAGGCCUCAAGGAAACCACGGCCCAGCAGAAAAUGGUGAUGGGAGAGAGAAAUAACACAUGUGUUGAGUGUGGGAAAAAGCUCAGUAGGCGCUCAAGCCUUAUUAGACAUCUGAGACUCCAUGCAGGAGAGAGCUCCUAUGAAUGUUGUGACUGCGGGAAAACCUUUACUCAAAGUUCACACUUUAUUAAACAUCAGAGGAGCCACAGAGGGGAGAAACCAUACAAAUGCUGUGAGUGUGGGAAAACCUUCACUCGGAGCUCUGUCUUUAUUAACCAUCAAAGAAUCCACACAGGGGAGAAACCUUAUAAAUGCUGUCAGUGCGAGAAAACCUUUGCCCAAAGCUCAAACCUUAUUACACAUCAGAGGAGCCACUCAGGGGAGAAACCCUAUGUAUGCUGUGAGUGUGGGAAAACCUUUGCUUGGAACUCAAACCUUACUAGACAUCAGAGGAUCCACACACAGGAGAAACCCUGCUGUGAAUGUGGGAAAACCUUCACUAAUAGCUCAACCCUUAUUAAACAUCAGAGAAUCCACACAGGGGAGAAACCCUAUGAAUGCUGUGAGUGCCAGAAAACCUUUACUAAGCCCUCAACCCUUAUUGAACAUCAGAGGAUCCAUACAGGGGAGAAACCCUAUGAAUGCUGUGAGUGUGGGAAAACCUUUGCUUGGCGCUCCACCCUUGUUACACAUCAGAGGAUCCACAGAGGGGAGAAACCAUAUGAAUGCUGUGAGUGCGGGAAAACCUUCACUCUGUCUGCAGACCUUAUAAGACAUCAGAGAAUCCACACAGGGGAGAAACCCUAUGAAUGCUGUGAGUGUGGGAAAACCUUCCCUCAGUGCUCAACCCUUACUGAACAUCAGAGGAUCCACACAGGGGAGAAACCCUAUGAAUGCUGUGAGUGUGGGAAAACCUUUGCUUGGAGCUCAAACCUUAUUACACACAGGAGGAUCCACACAGGGGAGAAACCCUAUGAAUGCUGUGAGUGCGGGAAAACCUUCGCUCGGAACUCACACCUUAGUAGACAUCGGAGAAGCCACACUCAAGAGUGACCGUAUGGAUGCUGUGAGUGCAGGAAAACCUUUGCUCGGAGCUUGAACCUUAUUACACAUCAGAGCAUCCAUACAGUGUGGGAAAUUCUUCUGUCAGAACUCAGCCCUUUUUUAUCAUCAGAAAAGCUGCAAGGGAGAUAAACACCUUAAAAUCCUUGUCUAUGGCUGAGGAAAGAUUUUUGUUUUCCUUUUGCUAAUUCCCACAUAGUGAGUUUUAAGGCAGCAUUUGUGACAUCGUGGUAUCUCAGCUCCCCCAGCUGAGUUGUCUGCUUUUCCCUUUUGCAGCUCACCCUUUCUUAGAGUGAAUUCCAGGGCUGGAUUUACACCUUACGCACUCCUAGGCUCAGCAUCUUCAGCACCCACCCUGCCUGCAGUUGACCUUCAUGUUGCACACAGUUUUAGAGAGGUAAGGCACCCCUAAAAUGCUGGUGCCCCUAGGCAUACUCCUACUGUGCCUAAUUGGAAAUCUGGCCCUGGUGAAUCCCACAGUAUUUUUCAUCAACUCCUUUGUCCUGUGUCAUGGAAGUGUGUGUCCCUCCAACAUGAAUGUCCAUCAGCCCCAGGUGGGGGAACCAGGAGUGACCUCUACCAGGUACGUGGAGGUUAAAUCUACCUGCGCCUUGACUCCACUAGGUUUUCCAUGGAGUUAGCUAGAUUAAGUUAGUGAUCCUGAUGUAAAACCACAACUAUUUUUUCAGUAAAGAAAAUAGCCCAUGUACAGCAGUCAGGGUAAUGUAGCAAAUUUCCUCACCAUCUGACACAACCUCCAUCACUUCUCCUAGUCUAACCAAAUUAAGAACAUCAUGUUUAUAUUUUUCCUCCCACUUCAAAGCAAUUGUUAGUCACCAGGUUCCCCACUAGGGACAAAUUGUCUCAUUCCCAGUUGUUCUCACAUUACACUGGUUUGUGCUGAAAAGCAGUUGGGUUUUUUUUCCAUUUUUCUCAUUUUAAAUAUAUUUAAAUAUAACAAAGACGAUCAGGGAUGAGGGGGAAAAGUGUUUUUUCAACCUCUGUGAUACCUGAAGAAGUGGUGAGUUAGAGGGAGUCCGACCUUCUGAAUUAGCCCAGCAACAUUUCCUUUGUUAGAGCCAUGUAUAAUUUAUCUUCUACACCUCUGCUACUUAAUGUAUCAUAUGAUUCAGGGUUCUCAGCCCUCUGCUUGGGGAUCACACUUUGUUUUCUUUGAUCCCAAAACAGUAAUUUAGGGCCUGAGAUGAAAAUGUCACAGACCUGGAAGGGGAAUUUUAAUGGAUCUCAAACUCAGUGAGAUAAUUUGGAGUUUAAAUCCCAGUUUCCAACUGUUGGAAAAGCCUCUUAGAAUCAUAGAACUGGAAGGGAUCUCGAGAGAUCAUCUAGUCCAGACCCCUGCACUCAAGGCAGGACUAAGUAUUAUCUAGACCAUCCCUGGUGUUUGUCCAACCUGCUCUUAAAAAUCCUCAAUGAUGGAGAUUCCACAACCUCCCUAGGCAAUUUAUUCCAGUGCUUAACCACUCUGACAGGAAGUUUUUCCUAAUAUCCAACCUAAACCGCCCUUGCUGCAAUUUAAGCCCGUUGUUUCUUGUCUUAUCCUCAGAGGUUAAGAAGAACAAUUUUUCUUCCUCCUCCUUGUAACAACCUUUUAUGUAUUUGAAAACUGUUAUCAUGUCCCCUCUCGGUCUUCUCUUCUCCAGACUAAACAAACCCAUUUUUUUCAAUCUUCCCUCAUAGGUCAUGUUUUCUAGACUUUUAAUAAUUUGUGUUGGUCUUCUCUGGACUUUCUCCAAUUUGUCCACAUCUUUCCUGAAAUGUGGCACCCAGAACUGGACACAAUACUCCAGUUGAGGCCUAAUCAGCGCGGAGUAGAGCAGAAGAAUUACUUCUCAUGUCUUGCUAACAACACUCCUGCUACUACAUCCCAGAAUGAUGUUUGCUUUUUUUGCAACAGUGUUACACUGUUGACACAUAUUUAGCUUACAUAAGAACGGCCAUACUGGGUCAGACCAAAGGUCCAUCUAGCCCAGUAUCCUGUCUACUGACAGUGGCCAAUGCCAGGUGCCCCAGAGGGAGUGAACCUAACAGGUAAUGAUCAAGUGAUCUCUCUCCUGCCAUCCAUCUCCACCCUCUGACAAACAGAGGCUAGGAACAGCAUUCCUUACCCAUCCUGGCUAAUAGCCGUUAAUGGACUUAACCUCCAUGAAUUUAUCCAGUUCCCUUCAGCUUGUGAUUCACAAUGACCCCCAGGUCCCUUUCCGCAGUACUCCUUCCUUGGCAGUCAUUUCCCAUUUUGUAUGUGUGCAACAGAUUGUUCCUUCCUAAGUGGAGUACUUUGCAUGUGUCCUUAUUGAAUUUCAUCCUGUUUACUUCAGACCAUUUCUCCAGUUUCUCCAGAUAAUUUUGAAUUAUAAUCCUAUCCUCCAAAGCACUUGCAACCCCUCCCAGCUUGGUAUUGUCUGCAAACUUUAUAGGUGUACUCUGUAUGCCAUUAUCUAAAUCAUUGAUGAAGAUAUUGAACCGAUCCCUGCGUGACCCCACUCGUUAUGCCCUUCCAGCAUGACUGUGAACCACUGAUAACUACUCUCUGGGAACGAUUUUCCAACCUUAUGCACCCACCUUAUAGUAGCUCCAUCGAGGUUGUAUUUCCCUCGUUUGUUUAUGAGAAGGUCAUGCGAGACAGUAUCAAAAGCUUUACUAAAGGCAACAUUGGGGGGAGGGAUAGCUCAGUGGUUUGAGCAUUGGCCUGCUAAAUCCAGGGUUGUGAGUUCAGUCCUUGAGGGGGCCAUUUAGGGAUCUCAGGCAAAAUCAGUACUUGGUCCUGCUAGUGAAGGCAGGGAACUGGACUCAAUGACCUUUCAAGGUCCCUUCCAGAUCUAUGAGAUAGGUAUAUCUCCAUGUAUUAUUAUACCACAUCUACUGCCUCCCCCCUUUCCACAAGGCUUGUUACCCUAUCAAAGAAAGCUAUCAGGUUGGUUUGACACAAUUUGUUCGUGACAAAUCCAUGCUGACUGUUACUUAUCCCCUCAUUAUCUUCUAGGUGUUUGCAAAUUAUCUGCUCUAUUAUCUUUCCAGGUACAGAAGUUAAGCUGACUGAUCUGUAAUUUCCUGGGUUGUCCUUAUUUCCCUUUUCAUAGAUGGGCACUAGAUUUGCUCUUUUCCAGUCUUCUGGAAUGUCUCCCGUCUUCCAUGACUUUUCAAAGAUAAUUGCUAAUGGCUCAGAUAUCUCCCCAGUCAGUUUCUUGAGUAUUCUAGGAUGCAUUUCAUCAGGCCCUGGUGAUCUGAAGACAUCUAACUUGUCUAAGUAAUUUUUUAUUUAUUCUUUCCCUAUUUUAGACUCUGAUCCUACCUCAUUUUCACUUACCAAUCACCACCAACCUGUUGUAGGACUUUUCCUACUGAGAUGGGAUUGUUUGCAGAUGGGAAGGUUAGCUGUUUUUUUUUGUUUUUGUUUGUUUUUUUCCAUUACUAUGGUGCUAGAACUUUUGUAAAUAAUAAGGCUCAGUAGUGAAGCAGAUUUGAAUGGAUCAGAGGAGGAUGCAAUGGAAGAAUCUCUUGUCCUGAUUUUGAGUCAUCCCAUUUAGCCUGCUCUGGAAUUUCUAGUUAUAUGAAACUGGAUGUAUCUUAUACCUCUCUGUUGUUACCCCAAAAUUUGGACCCAAGGCACCCCAAUAAUGGCUUGCCUAUAACGGUAAACCAUUUGUCAAUUUGGCCCGUCUCAAUGCAUAGCAGGAGGUGGCCCGCCUUAGAGAAAUUGCCUGGGUUUCACCAGGGACUUUGUCUCUGACCCUCACAGGACUCCCCAAAAAAGUCUAGUUCUGUUAACCCAUGAGAGGACACGGA